AUUAACUAGGGAAUUACAUAGAAGGAGAAAAUGGAAAAUAUCACCAAAACAUUCCAGUAUGGAGGAGUGGAUUGGAUUUGCGAGCCAUGGCUUGGUGCAGGCUCCAUGGGAAUUGGCCGGGGAGAGAACCCGAUCAAGUUUACUCUUCCUCUUCUUCUCCUUCAGAUAUCUGUCUUUACCUUAAUUUCAGUCUUUUUUCAGUUUCUUCUCAGGCCUUUCGGAAAAUUCGUAUUCCUCACUCAGAUCCUGGCUGGGAUCUGCUUAGGACCGUCGGUUAUAGGACGUAACAAACAGUACAUGUCGACAUUUUUCUACAAGAGAAGCGUGUUCAUAAUUGAAUCCUUCGAGGCCUUAUGUUUUCUCUUCGUUUGCUACAUCACAACAUGUCAAGUAGACACUAGGAUGAUAAAGAGAGUAGGCAAGUUAGCAUUCAUAAACGGCAUCUUACUUUUCCUCAUACCUUUCGUGUGUGGCCAAUUCGCGGCCAUCUUCAUCUCCAAGAGGCUCGGAGGCGUGCCAGAUGGGGUCCCUCCCGCGGAGUUCCACCACGUGGCGAUCGUCGAAUCCACAAUGUUUUUUCAGGUGGCUUACGGAGUCUUGUCGAGCCUGAAGAUGUUGAACACUGAGCCAGGGAGGUUAGCACUUGCCUCCAUGAUGGUGCAUGACUGCCUCUCAUGGUGUUUUUUCAUGCUUAACAUCGCCAUUAAACUUAACGUUGACUUAGAAGACAAAAACCGAGCUCUCCUCUUGUCCCUCUCACAGAUGGUCAUGAUAGUGGCAAUAAUAUAUGUGUUUCGACCAAUAAUGAGGUGGAUGAAGGGGAGAACACCAGAAGGACACUCUCUCAAGACCUCGUACCUCUGCGUUAUAUGCGUCUUGCUCUUCGUCACCUGUCUCUGGGCAGAAUUUGUGGGUCUGCCUUACUUCUUUGGUGCGGUGGUCUUAGGCCUAGCCACCCCAAAACGUCCGCCUCUAGGCACCGGACUGUCAGACAAAAUCGGCUGUUUUGUUUGGUUUUUCCUGAUGCCUUGCUACAUCAUUGGGAUCGGCUACAAUAUCAAUCUCUCACAGGUUUCCUGGAGAGAUGUUAUCCGGUAUGAGAUACUUUUUGGUGUGGUCCGGUUUGCCAAAAUGAUAGCCAUUGCCUUGCCUUCCCUUUACUACAAUGUGCCUCUUUGGCACGCCAUUCUUGUUGGCUUUAUCGUCAAUAUCCAAGGACUUUACGACGUUCAGAUCUACAAACAGAACCUCAAUUACACGAAAAUAUCAAGCAAAUCUUUUGGAGCAAUGGUAAUGUCAGCAACGGUAUCCUCAACAGUUAUCAUAGUGAUAGUGAAGAAACUGUACCAAACCAUGAGCAAACGCAACCCUUACAAGAGACGUACGGUGCAACACUGCCGAGUGGAGGCUCCGCUGAGGAUCCUCACUUGUUUCCGGAACCGUGAGGCGGUCCGCCCGGUGCUGGACAUUGUCGAACUCUCUCGUCCAGCCAUCGGAGCUCCUCUCUCCGUCUUCGCAGUGAAUCUAGAAGAGCUUAAUAACCAUAGUCUUCCUCUCCUUAUUCAUCACACGCAGGAGAUAAGUCCCUUCAUCGUGCCUAGCCGAAGAGACCAGAUCGUUAAGGCCUUCCACAACUACGAGAAUACUAAUAUGGAGACCGUGUUGAUAGAGUGCUUCACUGCAGUGGCGCCGCGAAAGACCAUGCACGAGGACGUGUGUGCCAUUGCCUUUGACCAGGAAACAGAUCUUGUAAUCUUUACUCUUGAUGCCGGGAUCGAGUCGUGGGAGAGGCUCCUUUGUCGGAAUCUGUUGCAAAACUGUCCGUGCUCCGUUGCGCUUUUCAUAGACCGAGGAAGGCUCCCAGACUUCAGAUUCGUCCCACUGAAAAAACUUAGCAUCAAUAUAUGUGCCAUCUUUUUAGGUGGACCGGAUGACCGCGAAAUGCUUGCGUAUGCUACACGCUUAGCAAGCCAUCCCAGCGUCGAGCUCCAUGUCUUCCGGCUCGUGGACAAGAACGGCGCCUCUCCGCUCAGAGACAUGGUCGAGAGAAAGCAUGACAUGAGAGUCAUCAACGUCUUCCGCAAAGAGAAUUCCGAAAAAAACAUCGUCUUCAGAGAGAUAAGAAUAGAGGAAGCGGUGGAUCUACUGGGGUUGCUAAGGAAGGAAGGAGACGACUUUGAUCUGAUGAUGGUCGGGAUAAGACACGAAGAGAAUCUAUUGAUGUUGGAAGGGUUGUCAGAAUGGAGCGAUAUGAAGGAGUUAGGAGAGGUUGGAGAUUUGUUGGUCUCCAAAGAUCUCGAGCUCUCUGUUUCGGUUCUCGCGGUCCAGCAAUGA